AUGCUGGCCAAGGUGGGCGAGGCGGCCGACCUGCUGCUGGUGGCCAAGGACACCGGCAGCCACACAUUCGCCAGCCACAUCGAGGGACAGCUCAAGCAGCCGGCCGACCCCACUGGAGUGGAGACGACAUUCUGCCCCGUGACCUUCUACUCCAUCAGUGGCGCAUUCGAGGAGGGCGGCAUCGCCAAGAUCACCGUGCCACAUGUCGAGCAGCGUGUGACAGUUGCGGGCACAGAGGGGGCGGUGAUGGCCAACAACGGGUGCGGGAGCGGCAAGGUGUCCAUCGGUGGCGGCCGCCUGUGGCUGGGUGGUGUGGGGGAGGGGCAGCCGGGCGGCGACCUGCGCAGCUGCCAUCAGUUUGUGCGGAGGGGUGAUCUUCCCGACGACAAGGCGUACGUGGGCACCUUCAGGGAGGGGGGACGGCCAUCUUAGCCGCCAGCCACUGGUCCACAUGUGUCGAUUUGGAGAUUUACACACUGCAGGUCAGAAAGGGCCAGCGGGAGGAGGGGGGCACAUGAGUGUUUUGAUUCCGUUGCCCUCCUGGUUCUGUCUGUGUGUGUGCAGGUGCCGGAUGGCUGGCAGUGGCUGAGUGCGGUGGCCGACAUCGUGCCCUCACAAUCGCCGUGAGAGCUGUCUGUAGAGGGGCGGAGGGCGGAGGGAGCGAGUAGCCAGUCCAUUAGAGUAGUCGGCAGGACUGGGAGCACGUGCAUGAGAUGCCCUUGCUUGUUUAGUUACUGAGGGCUCGUCCCUUUGACAUACAUACGGUUGGUGGUCGCUGUCAUGCCGCCGCCAGGUGCUCUGUGGCUUCGCGUGGAAGUGUGUAUCUCCACCUCUUUUAUCCACCCUCUUGUUUGGUUCAUGUAUGCGGUGUCUCAGGUGUGCUGCAUACAUGUUCCCGACAGUCCAUCCCUUGAUUGCAGUAGCCACGCGACGCACACUCACAGACGGCUCCCACAUGUGCAGCAGGAAUCCCACACUCUUUUCAGGGAUCUUGACAGCCCCGAAAGGAAUGUGGGCUUCUUGCGGGGCAGCACCCAAGUGACUGACACUGUGCAAGGCCAUGAUGGCAG